UUUGUUAUCUUUUUAUGGUAUUUUUAUCGUACUUUAAAGUGUGCUAAAUUAUUUUAACAAAUAUGCUCGUUAUAUUAAUAAUAUGCUAUUUUUCAUUUUAUAAAGUGCAACAUAAAUAAGCAUUUUGUAUCUUUAUAACAUAUUUCCUUGCAUGCUUUGCUAUUGUUGGUAACAGUUACAUGUAUAAUAUUGAUUUGAUUUAUUUAUACUGAAAUUAUUGAUUUUGUGAAACAAUAACAAUGAUGGCUUCAUUAUUUUAUUACAGUUGAAAUGUAGCUACAAUUUUGCAUUUUACAAUUGCUAUCAAAAGUUUAUGAAUGAUAUUAAAUUAUAGUAUAGAAAUAAAAUCAGCACACUUCCGAUAUUUUUCCGAAAUGGUACGCCAUUGUUGCCGCAAUCUGGUACCAUAAACAUAGCGGAACGAUGCAUAAAUAUUGCCAGAAUAUUUGACACUCAAAUGAUUCGACAAUCGAAGCAAUUGCAUUACCACCAACACAGUGAAUGGCUUUGAAUUUCCCUCUGGUAUUGAUUCAACGAACUGUGAUGAAUCGUGAUUCUAUUUGGUCCGCAUUUUAUGCUCAUACUAAAUUUAAAUAACAUACGAUAGAAUGAAGAUGACGAACGACUUUUUUUUUGUUGGGACCAUUCCAUUCCCGGGUGAGAUUGUACUAGAUGUUGUAAAAACAUCCAAACCGGGUGAUGGUGGUACAUUGGGAUGAAAAUGAAUUAUGCAGAAUCAACGUCCGCUUGCCGUGGGUUCGAGCAGUCAGACGGCAAACGUUGUUGAGAACGUACGAGAAGCUGUAAACAGUGAGUAUUCUCGUUGAUGGCUUUUAGUUCCAGUGAGAAUGAUGUAUUUUUCGCCUGGCAACACGGUAGUUUGUUGCUGGAACUGGGUGGUCCAAACGACAGGCCCAGUGGGUCGUAGAUUCCCAAAGCUAAUGACAAAAUUCCCUGGAAUGUUUGACAGCAGUGUGGAAGGAGCAGAAUGGUCCGAGAUUAAUAACGAAUUUCCGUAGCAAUCUCGUGUGGUAACCAGAUCCACCAUUUCCCUACGAGAGUGCGGCAAGUUUUUGAGGUUUUAAAAUGAACCGGAACACUAAGAAGAUGGCGCACGGGAGAAUAUGAAUAAAUUGUGAACUUCCUCACAUGGAACGAACUACUGGGAGGGCUGUCAGUGUAGUUGGGUGGUCUGACAAAGCGUUGGAAGCAGUUUAGCUGAAACAGUACACGCAUAAUUAGUCGGAUGAGUAGUUGGUUGAGGGUUGGUGAAUUAUAACCGCAUGUUUACGACUCAGAAGGAAUGGAUGGAUCUGGUGCUGAACACAAAUGUUGAUGUUGUAUUUUUUUGGCAUAUAUAGGCUUUGAAAAGGAAACAAAACAUUGCUCACAAUUGUGUUUGGAAUUUGUCAGCAAAAAAAGGAAAAAAAUCGUACCUUCCGAACAAAAAAACCUUUUUAUAUGUUUUUUUUAAUUUUACGCACUUGUUAAUGUGCAAAACAAUAUCAGAGUUAUCGGUUACAUAUUUGUAGAACAAGGAUCUAAGUGCAAAUAAGCAAUAAGCUAAGUGUGUACAACUUUUCGCAACAUUAAUUAAAAAAAUUAUAUUAAAAUUAAUUAUGAUUGAAAAAUCUAUCAAACCAUGGACAUUAUGUUUAGAAGUAUGCAAUGUAAAACGUCAUUAUUUUUACGAUCUUACCUGUAGUAAAUCCAAAUCGAACUUUAAGGUGUUUAAGCAGAUUUUUAGUAUUUUACCCAACAUCCAUCGCCUUAUCGCUAAUUCAAGUUUUCCCACCUUCUGAAAAUAAUUUAUUAGAGACCAAAAUAAAUUAUAAUACAAUAUUUUUAGGCCGUAUUAGCGAAUGGAGCAAAUUUGUGAUUCUUUCGAUUAAAAACAAAGGUAUUUCGCUGAUUCGUGUAUAGAAUCGUAUUGUAUUCUUCAUUAUUUCAAUGUUGACUUCAAACGAUUUAAUUUCAGUAUGGUUCACAUUUUGGCCACCAAGGCCAGUAUGGUCGAGUAACCAGUUCUGGCAGCCAUGUUUUAGCAUUUUUUAGCCAAGAACAAAUAGUAGUGAUAAUAAUUAAACAUAAACCAGCUAGUUGUCGCAUAAAAUCAUACACAGGUCGAUCUAUUGUUAUGUCAUUUUCAGAUUUUUUCCUUUGACAGUUCGCGGUGUUCCGCGAUCGUUGACGAUUCUUUUGACGCCAAUAAAUGAUGUUAAUUGUUCGCGUCACAAGCACGUUCCACUAUGAAUAGGAUUUUUUUGUACUUCAAAAUGUCGCAUGACCAAGAUGUCGUUGGCCGCUGUUUGGAACCGCUUGGUUGUGGUUUUGAUUAUCGUACACUGGGGUGCGAUUCAAGAGCCAAACGAGUACACCGCAACACUUCGAACAACCAUUGUUGUUGAGAGUCCAUCAACGAACGAUCAUCAACGACUGAAACCAAUACCAAUGCUGUGCGGAUUCGUCGAUUGUACUGCUUGGUUUCUGGGUGGUGGUAUUUGUUUUUGUUUUGUCGGGGUUCCCGAAGUGAUAUGAGCGUAUGGCCGCUUGGCCUUGGGAUGGAGUAGUCGUCGAUGGUCAACUGUGGUUAAGUGCGUUUUGGGUGGUUGUUUAGGCGUGACCAAUUGGUAUGGUGUGCAUUAUCUAGCAGUGAAGUGCGCGGUACGGGUGGCGUAAAGUGAAAAUGAAAUGGAAGGAAAAUUGAAGAAAAGCUACCUCACGGACGAUCCGAAACAUGCGGCCCUGUUGCCAGUGUUGCGCGAAAAGCUUCGCACAUUGCAAUCAUCGGAUCCUGCGGCAACACCACCACUUUCGCCGUCUCCACCGCCACCGUCGCUUUACUUCGAAAGCUCGUCCAUCUCGUCGCGUUCGUCGAUUGUGGAACCAUUCGAUUUGAACGUGGCCUCGCUGUACCAGGUUUUCCACGUCAAGCGCACCGCACGCAGCUGGAUCGAGGCAAAUUUUCAAAAACGGGAAUGCAUCAAAUUUGUACCAAAUCCAAGAACUGAAGAAAUAUGCUGCUGUGGUCAGGAACGGCGCACCCACCAGUUUGCGGCGGGCUACGAAACGGGGGUUCCAGGCGACACUUGGCAGGCAUCGAAAAAUACCCGUGCCCAGCCAACCGAUGCGUACGGCACGAUCGAGUUCCAGGGCGGCGCUCACCCAACGAAGGCGCAGUACGUUCGCUUAUCGUACGACACCCGGCCGGAGCUGUUGGUGCAGCUGUUUACACGCGAAUGGAAUCUCGAGCUGCCAAAGCUGCUCAUCACGGUCCAAGGCGGAAAGGCAAACUUCGAGCUGCAGCCAAAGUUGAAAAAGGUGCUACGGAAAGGUUUACUGAAGGCGGCCAAAACUACUGGCGCAUGGAUAUUUACCGGUGGAACCAACACGGGUGUAACGAAACAGGUCGGCGAUGCGCUCUUGCUUGAGGGUCAGCAACGGUCCGGACGGGUGGUAAGCAUCGGCAUCGCACCCUGGGGCAUCGUGGAGCGUAACCACGAACUACUCGGACACAACCGGGACGUACCGUGCCACAGUAUCAGCUCGCCCAGAUCGAAGCUGGCCGUACUGAACAACCGACACGCUUACUUCCUGCUCGUCGACAACGGUACCCAGGGCCGGUACGGUGCGGAACUAAUCCUGCGGAGAAAGCUGGAGAAAUACAUAUCGAACCAGAAGCUGCAACCCUACAAGAUGCUGUCAUCUUUAAUGAAUUUUCACUAUAAAGUUACCCACUCGAGCACUCCCGUAGUAUGCUUGGUAAUUGAAGGUGGUACAAACACAAUCAGAGCUGUGCUAGAAUACGUCACCGAUAACCCACCGGUUCCGGUAGUAGUGUGUGAUGGGUCAGGCCGGGCAGCAGACUUAAUAGCGUUUGUACAUAAGUAUGCAACGGAUAACGGAGAACAGACGGUGCUAGAAUCGAUGCACGAUUAUGUGCUGGGUAUCAUACAGAAAACAUUCGAGGUCAGCUCGGAGCAGGCGGAGCAACUGUUCCAGGAGUUGCUGCAAUGCACUAAAAAUAAAAAUCUCAUUACGGUGUUCCGCAUACAGGACCGACCGGAGGGCAAUACUCAGGAAUUGGACCAAACGAUUUUAACUGCACUUUUUAAAUCACAGCACCUUAGUCCACCGGAGCAGCUCAGCCUGGCACUUACCUGGAAUCGGGUCGACAUCGCACGAUCGGAGAUAUUCGUGUACGGUCAGGAAUGGCCACACGGUGCAUUGGACGAAGCGAUGAUGCAAGCACUCGAGCAUGACCGUAUCGACUUCGUCAAACUAUUGCUGGAGAAUGGUGUGUCAAUGCGCAAGUUCCUCACUAUACCACGGCUGGAAGAGCUGUACAACACCAAGCAUGGUCCGGCCAACACGCUCGGAUAUAUCCUGCGUGACGUUCGACCACACAUACCUAAAGGAUACGUCUACACACUGCACGACAUCGGGCUGGUUAUUAACAAGCUGAUGGGUGGUGCAUACCGAUCGUACUACACACGGCGCAAAUUUCGUCCGAUCUACGCAAAAGUGAUGAACAGCUAUGUCAAUACGCAUCGGAAGCCAUCCACCUUUCAGCGAACGGCCGGUAUUAACUCGAUGAGUCUCGUCACCGGACUGUUGCCCGUGACGACCGAUAUGGCACUGUUCGAGCUACCGUUUAACGAACUGUUAAUUUGGGCCGUACUGACCAAGCGACAGCAGAUGGCAUUGCUGAUGUGGACACAUGGAGAAGAAGCGCUGGCAAAGUCGCUUGUCGCCUGCAAGCUGUACAAAGCGAUGGCACACGAGGCGGCAGAUGAUGAUCUUGACACGGAGAUCUACGAAGAGCUGCGCAGCUAUGCAAAGGAAUUCGAGAGUAAAGGACUGAAGCUGCUGGAUUUCUGCUAUCGACAGGAUGCGGAACGGGCCCAGCGGUUAUUGACGUGUGAGCUGCAGUCUUGGUCCAGCCAGAGCUGUCUUUCGCUAGCCGUGGCUGCGAAUCAUCGCGCGAUCCUGGCACAUCCCUGCAGUCAGAUAAUAUUGGCCGACCUUUGGAUGGGUGGGUUGCGCACGAGAAAAAACACCAAUCUUAAGGUUAUCUGUGGACUGUUAUGUCCAUUCUUUAUAAGGAAGCUAGACUUCAAAUCGAAGGAGGAACUACAGCAGAUGCCUCAAACGGAAGAAGAGCAUUUGGAAAAUCAAUAUCUCGAUUUCGAGGAUCGCGAUAAAAAGGAUACGGAUGCAGAGAAAGCUCUUGCAAACUCUACUCAAAGCACGAAACCCGCCGGCGAAAGUGCAGUGCCAACACCACAGGCGCUUCUGUCCGAUACGUACUCAAUGAAAGAUACCAAAGUGCAGGAAAAUGGAAAAGUAGGUCUGACCGGAUGCUUGAGCUCAAAAGUUUCACUAACGGAUUCGGAAAACACACAGUACAAGGACUACCUGUUUGACAGCGAUGGGCGCCAGCAGCGACCUCUUAAGCUGAAGAAAAAAUUCUACGAGUUCUAUACUGCACCCAUCACAAAGUUUUGGGCCGAUUCGAUGGCGUAUGUGUUUUUUCUCGUCCUGUUUACGUACACCGUACUGGUGCGAAUGGAGGAAACACCGAGCUGGCAGGAAUGCUACGCCAUUUCCUAUAUCGCCACGUUAGGCUGUGAGAAGAUACGCGAGAUCGUAUCAUCCGAACCGGUGGCAAUAUCGCACAAGUUUUCCGUGUGGGCUUGGAACAUGUGGAACCCAUGCGAUGCAGCCGCAAUCAUAUUUUUCCUCAUAGGGCUGGCAUUGCGGAUGCGGCCGUACACGAUGGACAUCGGUCGAGUGAUAUAUUGCGUGGAUAGCAUCUAUUGGUAUUUGCGGAUAUUGAACAUUCUAGGUGUAAACAAAUAUUUGGGACCACUGGUGACGAUGAUGGGCAAGAUGGUGAAAAACAUGAUUUACUUCGUGGUACUGUUGCUGGUGGUGUUGAUGAGCUUUGGUGUAAGCCGACAGGCGAUACUGUUUCCGAACAACGAUGCCAGCUGGCGAUUGGUACGGGAUGUGUACUAUCAGCCGUACUUCAUGCUGUACGGAGAAGUGUUUGCCGACGAUAUUGAUCCCCCGUGCGGUGAAGACCCAUCACAACCACCAUGCGUAACGGGCCACUGGGUGACACCAAUCGCAAUGUCGAUGUAUCUCUUGAUAGCGAACAUUUUGCUAAUCAAUCUACUGAUUGCCGUGUUCAACAACAUCUUUAUCGAGGUGAAUGCCGUCUCGCAUCAGGUUUGGAUGUUCCAGCGAUUUACGGUGGUGAUGGAGUACCAGCAGAAACCAGUCCUGCCCCCACCAUUGAUUGCGUUGUGCCAUUUCUAUUCGCUGCUACGGUACGCAAUACGAAAAGCUAAAGGGUUGCAAGAAUCGCGCGAUAAUGGACUGAAGCUGUUUCUUGAAAAGGAAGACAUGGAGCGGUUGUACGAUUUUGAGGAGGAGUGUGUCGAGGGUUACUUCCGCGAGCAGGAAAUACUGCUACAACAGUCGACGGAAGAGCGUAUAAAAAAUACGGACGAAAGGGUGGACCAUAUGGCGCAGAAGAUAGAAGACAUCAACCAAAAGGAGAACAUCCAAAGUGCGGCCGUGCAGAACAUUGAGUUUCGUUUGCGUAAGGUGGAAGAAUCGGCCGAACAGAUACUAAACCACCUCGAUGUGAUACAUCGGUUCAUGUCCGCACAUACGCUGAUGAACGAUACGCAGGGUUCGACGGGGAAUGUAAGCGGAAAUGCACCGCCCGGUGGUAUGGCGGUAGGGAUGAUAAUGGAUCAACGGACACGGACAAUUUCGGAGAGUGAUAGCUACAUUUUGCCACCACCAACGACGCAAAGGAAAAAGUUUAACCGAUCCUUGACGGAGGUGCGUCCGGAUGCGUACAUCUUCGAUGAUGGAAAGCAUCUGGAGGUCCGUACGGUCCUGGAGGAAAGUGAAGCAGAACGAUCGCCGGAUCAGGUCUCUCAGCAAAAUGACCGGGAUCGUAAAUUUUCCAUCCGCUCAGAAGACUUGGAACUGUUCCCGGUGGGUAGCGUUACCAAGGCACUCUCCCCGGUAGACAUGCCAACGAUAAAACCUUCGCCACCGCCUCCAUUUUUAAGCAUCCGACAAGACACUGCUAGCACCGAAAGUAAGGAUACACUAACGCCGUUGGAAGGAGCGGAUGACAGAACGUUGGUUGGGGACGAAAUGUUAGACGAUAUGGUUGAGCCGAACUACGAAGGGUUGCGGCAUCGGGCCGGGAGACGCCGAAACUCGUCCAUGUGUGGCCCGGGCCCGAAUGUUGCCACGAAUGGAGCUACGGGUGUCCAACCACCCGGUACGGCACCAGCAGGGAGUGGUAACGUAGGAAUAGGUGGUCGAAGAAAUUCGGAAAGUGCGUCCGGAGGAGGAUUUGACAUUAAUAAAUCUCAGACCAGUCUUUACCAGAUGGGCUUCUCCAAGCGGCAACACAGCAUCACACAAUCAGAGCCGGAUAGUGGCAACGAUCAACCUGUACAACGGACUGUUCCGAAGGGACGACAUCUUCUCCUGCAGAUACACACGGAAUACACCUCCAUCACGGAUGAGCUGGAGAGCGUUUGUCACAUGAUCGCAUCGCCUACCAGCUCGUUGAGGGAAGAUCGUACAAAGAACGUAAACGAACUAACGAAUCCCGAAUUUGCUGCUAUGAUCGAAAAGCAGCAUCUGAAAGAAUGUGAGGACAGUGAUUACAUGAUGAUGGAAAAGUUAUUUCAAACACGCUGUUCGCUUGAGGACAGUGACGAGUAUUUCGACGAUACCGAACCAGAAGAGCACGGGCCGCGCAAAAUGUUACGGCGCGAGACGGCAAUCGAAUUGCCGGUGACGCCAUCCAAAUCGAACAUUGUCUCACUGGCGGACAGCAGCCUGGGGCACGAGGAUUUCACCAUGAAACACGAACGGCAACCCGCAUCGAAUCGCAAUUCGUUGCGUGAUUCGAAGAACUCGCCGCUCUCACUAUCCAGCCAGAACUCACCGCGCAACUCGCAAUACAUGCAAUCCUCGUUCCUUAAUCCCACCGUUUGCGAUGGUGCUAGCCGACUGUACAAGAAGUCAUGUGAGAGCUUGCAGAAAAAUUCCAGCACCGAUACGGAAUAUUCACUGCAGCCGUACCGAUUCAUCAAGCAAAGCUCAAACGAAACGAACAGUUCGUUCAACAUCGACAACUCGUCGAUCACGAACGAUCUGUCGAUCGAUGGCGAAACGAGCCUCAACUCAACCGUUAUCGAAAUGGUUUCAGCACCGUCGAUAGCAGCGGCAGCUGCGGUCGCCGCCGCAGUAUCCGACGGUGAACGUGGCGGUUUCCAGACCAAACGCACCUCAUCACUAGGUAGCAGCUCAACCGCAGCCGAAAUGCGCCCGGGCUUGUUGAAAUGUAGCAAAGACAAGGGAAUCAAGGACGGUGGUGGUGGCUCCAUUCCGGAGGGAUUGGAACGGGCCGUCCCGGGUAGUUCGGUUCCGUCCAGUUCGGGGUUGGUUCCGAACAAACCACCACGGUCGGCCCGUUUCACCGAUAGCUUGAGCGUUCUGGGACCAAAGAGUGUACUGAGCCGGCUGAAGGAAAGUAGCUCCACCAGCACGGAAGAGGUUCCGCAACGGGAUACGAGUGCACCGAUACCGUGCAUCAGCACGAACUUGGUACAGGACGAAAUUGCGAAGCUAUCGUCGAACAUAAAGAGCAGCACGGAUGAGGAUACCGAGCCACCCUUCAAUGAAACUAUGUGCUGAUUUUAGUUGUACCCUCCGACAGAGGUAAAUGUUAGCUUAGAUGGGGAUGGGAGUGUGUGACGCGGGGAGAAAACGGAAUGACAUAUUCCGAAUACGCUUGAUAUCACUGAUGUGAUGCGGGGAAUGUUCCCUGUGCGACUGUUACAAGAAGGUACUUACAGAAGUACGCAAGUACUUAAUCAUACACAAGAGCGUCUAUAUAUCGUACGUAUGCAUUGUAGAUGGUUUGGUUUCCAUGAUGAAGCUCAUCAAAUUGGUCUGAACACUGAAUGGAAUUGCAAGAGCUUAUCGAAGGUUCACGUAUUUCAUCAUAGCGUUUCACAUUCAACAAAACAUGCCCCCAUUAGCAAAUGCAGAUGCAUAUCAAACAUUAGAACUUUCCUACCGAUUAAAUUUCCGUAAAGCUGUGUCUCAUCUUUCACGCACACUUGUCCCAACCGUUAAACACUUUUGUGAAAUGAAAUGUUAAAGAGAGAUGCAAUAUGCUGUGUUUAAGGAACGGUCUAACCAGGAGUUGUUUUUAUUUAAGUUCUGUAAAGGGAAAUAACAAAAUGGAGCGCAAACUUAGUAUAGAAUAGGACCGUUUUAAAAUUUUCUUCUCCCACGAAGGUCACAUGCAAUCAAAACAGAAAGGAAAAAGGUGAAAUAACAAUAAGAUAUAGUUGCGCGUUCAAAUGCGUUUGCAAGCUGUGUGUUUUUGGGCAAUACUUUUUGCUCUUAAAAAAUAAAUUGUCUAAAGUAUGGUACAUAACCCGAAUAGAGAGCGUGGAACACGCCAAUACGGAACUGCCACAACACAUAGUGCUUAAAAUGAACGGUUGUUUGUUGCUUUUAUUUUUUUUUUAAUUUGUAAACAUACAUAUUGGUGCUUAAUGCAAUGCUCUUACCAGCCGCAGUCAGAGAAACAAACUGUACAACUGUGUUUAAUGAUGUAUAUUUUUAACAAAACUUUGUUACAAUCAUUUUUACAUGUACGACCUAUAGAUGGUUGAAAGAAAAGCUGUUGAAAGCUUUAAAUUUAUGUUAAGUCAUAUUUUAUAUGUAAUAUAUCUCAAGAUUUUUAAUGGCUUGAAUCAUUUAAAGUAUUUCUUUGCUAAAGAACGGCUACGCCGUGUUUCUAAUUUGAACAUAAUAUGUUUAUGAAGGAAUUCACAAUUCUUAUGUAAAAUUAUAUUAACGCUUAAUUUAGGUGGGCAAGUACACAACAAAUCGUACAGCUUAUAAAGCACCAUUUGGAAUGCACGAAAUGGAAAGUGAAGAUCACAGCGGAAUAAAAGUAUGAGCUUCAAAACUAAAAUUAUGGAUACACGGAUCGAUCAAGGUUGCAGUCCACGAUCCCUCACAUGUGUUGUACUAAAAUAUGACAAUAUUAUUGAAUUGUAUCAGUAUGGCAAACAGAGUGAUGGGGGGUAGUAUGGCCAGAAACAUGACCGAACCAGUAUCGUGCAACCAAUAGAUAGUGAGAGUUGUGCGUUGAAACAAUAAAGUCGUAAAAAAGUGUUUACAUAAAUGAGGUCACAGUUGGAAUGGUGAGACGAUCGUUUGGAGUUUGUUGAUAAUACAUAGCAGAGCAGAAGUAAAAAUGACUAUUAUAAAAUGAAUCGACACAGCAGAAGCAGUAUAGAAUACGUUGUUACUACAAUAAAUGGGUUGUACUGAAUAGGAGUGAAAACAUUUACAAUGGAUACACCUUCCCGUGAGGAAAGCGCGUGUACCGCUGUUAUAAAGAAAUUAUUAUUUUUUUAUUACAGACAAUACAUACAUUGUUGCGUUUAUUUAGCCUUCAGAUACCCCCAUGGGUUGUAAAUCGGCUACGACAGGAGCCGUCAAGGUGUAUUCUUUAAGUUACAAUAAUUAAAAACACAUGUUUCAGAUCGAAGAAUGCACAUUGGUUGAAGAAAGCACAGGAAUGUUUUCGAAAAUAAAUUGAAAGUUAAAUGGAAAAAA